AUGACUUCUAGAGAUGAAAGGAUAGUUUCCCGAGCAAUCGAAGUGAAUGAGCAGUUUCAAAAAUCUCUAGAUAAACAUUAUGAGCUUCUUUCUAGCCAGGUUACAACAACCGUGAAUCACUUCGACUGUGAAGAAGCGGAGGAGGAGGAAGAAGAACCCGAACAGUUAUUCAGAAGAUUACGCAAAGGAAAAGCUUGUGUAAGGCCUGGAGAUGAAGAAACUGAACCUCAGUUUCCUCGAUUGAGUUUACUUGAAGAGAGGCUCAAUCGUCCACUAAUACGACCACUAGAAUCAUCUCAGGAAGCUCACACUGCUCCUGUACCUGUUGUAGUUCCACCUCCAAGUGCAAAGCCUCCUCCUGUUACAAUUCCACCACCGCCACAACAAAUUCAACCAUCUUCUUUCACCCACCCUGCAAAGCAUAACCAGAAAAUUCAAAACCAUGUUCAAGAAUAA